CAUUGUGAAGUUUUAUUAAUCAUUGAUGUUCCAUUUACUGAGUUACAGAUUUAAGAUGUACUUUAGAAAUAUUAUGUUGAACGAAAACCAGAUUUUCGUAUCGUAUGUAAUAAGCUCAGGCGAGUAAUGUAUUGUAUGAUGUUUCUAACUUCUUUGUAAAUGUUUUUUAUAAGGAAUUUAUUACCUACUUUAAAUUAUAGAACGUUAAUGGGAGCGUUAGGCUGGCGUUCUUAAUCAGGAUAUCUGUAUUCCGAAUCCCAUUCCUUCAUUAGUCAGCGGGAAAAAAUCAGUAUUUCAUUAGUGCCCUGGAUCACUCCACGGCUUCUCAAUUGGAUAUCUUGGGAGCAAUUCUUUUAUUCAAGGACAAUGACCACAUUACCAGAUGAUACUACUGUUCUGCUUCAUCAAGUUGCUGGUCACUUCCAUGGUAAAGGAAAACAUAAACUUGGUAUGUUAAAGCAUAAAGAUGGUAGUAUCUUGAAACCUGUUAUUCAAGAAGACAUUAGAGGCCCAAGAGAGAAAGCUUUCUACACUAAAGUAUUUGAUGCAUUCUGUUCAGAUCCUGUGUUUCUUCAGCUUCAGAGCUUUUUACCCAAAUAUAGAGGUUGUUGGAUUACUCAGUUCAACAGUACUAAAGUUGAAUAUAUGUGUUUGGAGGACAUCACUGAUGCUUUUCACAAACCGUGUAUACUAGACUUAAAGAUUGGACCAAGGACAUUUGAUCCUGAAGCAAAACCACAAAAAAUUAAAAUAGAAACAGAAAAAUACCCUGCUGGUAAAAUCAUUGGAUUUCGUAUCUUGGGAAUGAGAGUGUUCCAGCCAGACAGGCAAGAGUACCUAGUUUUAGACAGAAAUUUUGGGAAGCAACAAACACCUGACACAAUACCACAAGCUUUGAAACUUUUUUUGAACAUACCAGAUAGACCAAAGGCUUGGCUUCUUCUGUGCUUCUUGUUACACAAGCUGCAUUCCAUAAAGUCCUGGUUUUUACAUCAAAGACAUUUUGUUUUUUAUGGUAGCUCCUUGUUGCUAGUGUAUGAAGGAGAUACUGAAAAAAGAAUAGGUUGUGAGAAAACCAUGAACUCUAAUUUCUCCUGUGAGCAGAGCAAAGACAGCUUUGGAAGUAAAAUUACCAGUGAGAACAAUGAUUCUGUCACAGAUUACUGUAGUAUAUGUUGUUUAUCAUCAAACCUAUGUAAAUCAGUGUUGCUUGACAGCACUCUGUCUUUUGUCUGUGAUGUUCGAAUGAUUGACUUUGCUCAUGUUUUCACAGCACAUGAGAAGGAUACCAACUACCUGGUUGGAUUGGACAGUCUAAUAACAUACCUCUAUAAUAUUCAGAAUUCUCUUUUGCAUGAUAUGCAGUGAUAGUUUGUAUUAAAAAUUUCAUUUUAACUUUUGCUGAAUAUUUCUAACAUUUUAUGUUACAUAAAGUAAGAAUGGUAAAUAUACUCGGCAAUCAGCAUUUUAAUUUGUUAGGGUUUUAACUAACCAAAUAAGUUAUACUGUUUCAUUAUAAUAGUAGACAUGUUUUUAUGAAUUUCAUAAUGUUUUAGGUUUUUAUAUGAGUUACAUACAAAAAACGUCUUUAGAACAUUAAUUGAUGAUUAUUUUUCUAAUAUUUUGGUUCAUAUUUUAACAUUUUGUUGAAAUAUCUGGAUAUUUUAUGAUUGUUGGCAUUUAUUGUUAAUUUUUCUUUUGAUGAAUGUACAAGCAAUAUUGGAAUGUAUGACAUUUGUCUUAACAUUUACUAUAUGGUAUAAUCUUUUGUUGUUUACAUUUAACAUGAGUUCUCUACAGUACUUGAUUUAGUAAGAUAAUAAUACAAUAAUAACUAUCAUUACCAAAUCUGACAGAGGAAAAGGGUUAUCAUUGUUUAGGACAAAGUAUAUUAUUUUUAAGAAAGCUCAGAGCAUACUAGAUGAUUCUGUUAAGUUUUUAAAGUGCUGGAUGCUGAUCAUGCAAAACAAUGAAAGCCAACAUUAUAAACAUAUCUACUUAAACUUAAAAAACAAGGGGUCAAUAAUAAAACUGUUUACAAAACCAUAUGCCUGAUGGGUUCACACCAAAGUAUACCAUACAGAGUCCCUAAGGUACAUAAAGAAGGUUGUCCAGUCAGAUCCAUUGUCUCUAGAAUAGGUAUGUACAAUCAACUGUAGAAAAAAUAUUUAACUUAAUUUCUGAAGGAGUUUAUUAGUGAUGAAUCUAUGAUAAUUCAUACAACUUUACAGGGAUAAAAAGGAGCUUAUUAGCCAUCAAGGAUAUCCUUUCUAGCUCCCAACUAUAAGCACCUCUUACUACCCAUGUAUUCAUCCAGUUUUUUUUUUGAACUCAGUUAAAUUUUAUACCUCUACCACCCUUGAAGGCAGCUCAUUCUAAAAGUCAACCACCCUGUUUGAAAAGCAAUACUGUCUAAACUGCAGACAACUACACUGCCAAAAUUUUAAUUUGUGACCCCUUGUCCUGUAGUCUUCAUUGCUAAACACAAAAAAGUUUGAUGGAUCUAUAUUAUUAAUACCCUUAAUAAUCUUAAA